UAUCAUGAAUUAUUGUUAUCGCCUAUUUCCGUAACACUUUUUGAUGCAAAGAAACGUUUUAUUAUUUCAAUUAUAAUGAAAUGUAUAAUUCAAUUAAUUCAACAAACACGAAUAGUGCCCUUGAUCGGCCGAUACACUCUUCCAACGUCAUUUUGUCUAAAUCCGAUGUUGCGUGCGUUUAUUCGAAAGUGAUUAUCAUAAAUUUAGUGUCGUCGAAUUGUAAUAAUAAUUAUCAUAAAAUGAAAAGAAAAUAGACUGUUCGACGUUCGUAUUGGAGGAUUGAUCAGUUCGUCUUUCAUAUUUACCCUUAGGUACUACUUUACAAUAAUAACACCCCUGCGCUUCGUGUAUUGUUUUGUUUCUAUCCACAUGAGUAGCAGCUAUGUCCACACAAGAAAAGUUUGCGGCGGCUAUAAACGUCAUUAGGAGUUUACCAAAAAAUGGUGCAUACCAACCAUCCAAGGAUCUCCUGCUUCGUUUUUAUGCAUAUUUCAAACAAGCAACUAUAGGACCUAACAAUCAGCCCAAACCCAGCUUUUGGGAUGUUGUUAAUCGAGCAAAAUGGCAAGCUUGGUAUAAUUUAGGAGAUAUGUCAAAAGAGAAAGCAAUGCAAGAAUAUGUCGAUGAGUUAAAAAAGAUUGUAGAAACUAUGGCUUAUACAAAUCCUGUGGCCGAUUUUGUGUCUAGCUUGGAUUCAUUCUAUGAAUCAGUUUCCAUUGAUGACUUAGAAAUGGUGGUUGGUCCAAUUGAACGAGGCAAUUUAAUAGAAAAAAAUAGUUGCAGUUUAAUUUCAAUAAAUGAACAUCAAGAUAUAGCAGACACAGAAAUAGAUGAAGAAUGUUUUCAUGAUGUAUUUGACAAUUUGUCAAGUGGAGGAGAGCGUUUGAUCAAUAGUCAAACGGUUAGUCAAUAUUUAAGUUCCAGUGACUACAUUGAAGAUUUUGUGCCCGAAAAUUGCAUUCCAAUAUCUCAACAAAAUGGGAAUAGUAUGAUGCAGUUACAAUAUUCAAAUGACUUUUUAGAUGAAUUUAAAUUACAAAUAAGAAAUACGGUAUCAACUAUGAAGUAUGAUCUGGAUAUUAUAACAAAUAGAGUUGUUAAAAUAGAACUAAAAUUAGAUGAGAUAAAAAAAUCAAGAGAACGAAAACAUUAUCAAACUUCAUACUUUAAUUUAUUCCAGAUUGCAGUCCUACUUGGUUGGCCCAUUAUUGUUCAGCUAAUAUUCAAUUGGUUUAAAAGGCAAAAUAGACAAAAAGCCUUAAACGUAAAAACUUUGUGAUAUUAUAUGUUCAGCUUAAAAGUGAUAAAAGUUUAGUGAUACCGUUAAAUAACUGUUUACGUUAAGUAGUUAUAUACUCUUAGGUAUCAAAAAAAUGUGUUUUAUCUACAAAAAAUUACUUUCAUAAGAAACAAAGAAUUGUUGAUAAUUUUACCAUAAUUUUUUUACCUAUGUAAGA